GUUGGUGCAGCCCAGCCUACAGUUAAUGUAUUACAUCCUUUUCAGCAAUGGAGAAAAAGCAUAUGCAUGUUCAACACAACAGACUUGUCAGCUCUGGUUAUUUAGGAACUUGCAGAGGUUCAGAGAAAUGCUUCCAUCUGAGUGUUAUUCUCUUUUUCGGACUGUUCAGCAUCUGCCUGCUCAUUGGACUGCUGGUCGCCAACGUUCAGUACAACGACGCUAAAAGUCAACUGACCAAGGAUCUUCAGGACUAUAAAAACAAACUUUCCUCCACAACUAAAGACAGAGACCAGCUCUUUAGCUUUCUCAAUGGACCAGCUAAAGAGCAAAGCAACUUGGCUAAACAGAAUAUUGACUCCAAAUGUAAUUCAAAUGAAGAACUCCUAAACAAUCUGACUGAGCGUCUCCAUGCCUGUAAUGAAACGCUUUUCAAAAUAACCAAAGAGAGAGACUAUCUGAACAUCCAGCUCGUGGAACAGCCUGAAGAGGCCUCCGGCCUUCAGAGUUUGUCUGAGCAGAAUGACUCCAAAUGCAAUUUGAAUGUAGAAAAUGAGCUCUCCACACUCUCAGACAAUCUGACUGCGCGUCUCAGAGACAGCGGUGAAACAAUUUCUUUUAUAUCCCAAGAGAGAGACCUGCUGAAUGUGAAGCUCGGAAAAACAACUAAAGAGUUAAAAAGGCUUUGCCAGUUGAUUGAAAACACAACAUGUCCUAAAGGAUGGAUUAAGUUCAAUUGUUCUUGUUACAAUAUCUUUGGUACUGGUUCCUGGGAUGAAGGCAGAGAGGACUGCAUAAGCAAAGGAGGAGAUCUGGUGGUGAUAGACAAUCCUGACGAACAGAAUUUUCUUUCUACAUUCAAGAUUGAGGCUUGGAUUGGUUUGGGCGACAAAGAAACUGAGGAAUCCUGGCGGUGGGUCGAUGGAACCUCUCUGAACUUUACGUUCUGGGAUGACAGUCAGCCUAAUAAGGGUAAGGAGGACGAGGAGGACUGUGUACUGGUCACAACGAAUGAUGGUGCCCCUUGGCAUGAUUUUCCAUGUAAUGCUGUCAGCGCGUGGAUAUGUGAAAAACUACCAAUAAUGUUCAUCCCAAAAAUGUUUUAAAAGAUUUUUUAUUCUGUAGCAACCAAGCAGACAAUACUAUAGUAUAAAGCUGACAUGUGAUGAAUUAGCAAACAGUGGGCUACCAGAAUGAACUGGAUAGCUUUUUUUUUUUUCUGUCAGCAGAAAAAGUAUUUACAUUUUGCUUUAAGUUCAAUUUAAAUUAGGAGAUAUUUGAGUUGUUAGAAGUAUUUUGAAUGAGGAUUUACAGAUAUUCUUGCUUAAUAUUGCUUUAAUAAACUAUAUUUAGCACCUGUCAAAGGGGAUUAUUUUAAGCUUUAACUGAUGUAUUUCAUGUGUUUUCUUAGACAGAUUCAGUUGGACCUGUUUUUGUCAUCAUUUAAAUGUUCAGUAUCUGACUGAACAAAUAAAUGAAUAUUGGCAAGUUUAUUAAAAAUCCAAAUCUAAAACCA